GGAGGGCUUCGGAUGUCAAUACGUGGCCUCAUCUCCCAUCCACCAACUGAUAAAAUCCUCUCACCAAAGCCAGCUCGAUUAGUGCAACCGUUAGAACCACCCACAAAGCCCUGGCCACACGUGUCCAUGGACUUCGUGACCGGACUGCCGGCCGGCGCAUCCCAAAAUGAUUCUGUGCUCAUGGUCGUUGAUCGACUCACAAAAAUGGCUCAUUUCACGCCAUGCCGAAUGACGAUAACAUCCGAGCAAACAGCCAAGCUGUUCAUCUCAACCGUCGUUCGCCUUCACGAAAUCCCGAAGGCGAUUGUGAGCGAUCGUGACCCCAGAUUUACGUCCAACUUCUGGACAAAAAUGUGGGAACAGUAUGGUACACGUCUCCAUCUGUCCACGACUUACCACCCACAAGCCGACGGUCAGACUGAACGGACAAAUCAGACCAUGGAGCAGCUGAUACGAAUAAUCUGUAUCGACCCGACCCAAUGGGAAGAUUCGCUCCCGUUGAUCGAGUUUGCGUAUAACAAUGCCCCUUUGUCCACAACUGCCCAAUCACCGUUUUACCCAAAUUACGGUUGUUAGGUAGAUUCCCAGCACAUCAG